AUGACCCAGUCGGUGGUCGUACAGGUCGGCCAGUGCGGAAACCAGAUCGGCUGCUGCUUCUGGGAUCUGGCGCUAAGGGAGCACGCCGCGGUCAACCAGAAAGGAAUUUAUGACGAGGCAAUAAGCAGCUUCUUUCGAAAUGUGGAUACCAGAGUGGUUGGUGAUGGUGGCAUUAUUUCCAAGGGGAAAAUUUGUUCCUUGAAAGCAAGAGCUGUCUUGAUUGACAUGGAGGAAGGGGUAGUAAAUGAAAUUCUGCAGGGACCGUUGAGAGAUGUGUUUGACAGCAAGCAGCUCAUCACUGAUAUUUCUGGCUCAGGGAAUAAUUGGGCUGUGGGUCACAAAGUUUUUGGCAGGCUUUAUCAAGAACAGAUUUUAGAGAAACUCAGAAAGUCGGCAGAGCACUGUGAUUGUUUACAGUGUUUUUUUAUAAUACAUUCCAUGGGAGGAGGAACAGGAUCUGGACUUGGCACGUUUCUCUUAAAGGUGCUUGAGGACGAAUUCCCAGAAGUAUACAGAUUUGUGACUUCAAUUUAUCCUUCUGGUGAGGAUGAUGUCAUAACCUCACCUUAUAAUAGCAUCUUGGCAAUGAAGGAACUUAAUGAGCAUGCAGACUGUGUGUUGCCCAUUGACAACCAAUCUUUAUUUGACAUCAUUAGCAAAAUUGACCUCAUGGUGAAUUCUGGAAAGUUGGGUACAACUAUAAAGCCAAAGAGUCUGGUUACUUCAAGUGCUGGGGCUUUGAAAAAGCAGCACCAGAAGCCCUUUGAUGCGAUGAACAACAUUGUGGCAAAUUUGCUGCUGAACCUAACCAGCUCUGCAAGGUUUGAAGGGUCCCUUAAUAUGGAUCUUAAUGAAAUCAGCAUGAAUUUAGUUCCUUUUCCUCAACUGCAUUAUCUUGUGUCAAGCCUAACACCUCUGUAUACACUGGCAGAUGUUAAUAUUCCUACCCGAAGGUUGGAUCAGAUGUUUUCAGAUGCCUUUAGUAAAGAUCACCAGCUAAUUCGGGCUGACCCCAAACAUAGCCUCUACCUCGCCUGUGCCCUUAUGGUUAGAGGAAAUGUACAGGUUUCAGAUCUUCGCAGAAAUAUUGAAAGAUUAAAACCUUCUCUACAGUUUAUCUCCUGGAAUCAAGAAGGCUGGAAAACCAGCCUGUGUUCGGUACCUCCCGUGGGGCAUUCCCAUUCAUUAUUAGCUCUAGCCAAUAACACAUGCGUGAAGCCCACCUUCAUGGAACUCAGAGAGCGAUUCAUGAGGCUCUACAAGAAAAAGGCUCAUCUUCAUCACUAUCUACAAAUUGAAGGGAUGGAGGAAAGCUGUUUCAUGGAAGCCGUGUCAUCUUUAUCCACGCUCAUAGAGGAAUAUAACCAACUGGACGCCACACGAAGCAUGCCUGUGGAAGAUUUACCUAGACUACGCGUAGCUGUGUAAAACAGAACCCCAAAAGUACUUUUA